GCCAUGGACGCCGCGACCCCUGCGCCUCCGACGCCGCUGCUGCGCCAGCCCAGUUGACCACAACAUGGCCUGCCUGUCACAGACAAGACUGUGUUAAAUUUACAGUGUUAGAGUACAGAAAGAGAAGUUAAACUUCUGGAGAAACUUAAUGGGUGAUCUCCACAACCGAUGGUAACAAAAAAUCAUCCAGAUGGGGUGCAGGUGCUGUAAAAUGAUACAAAGCUAUCUCUUUGAUCCUGUUCAAGUGUCCUCUCCUGGCUAUGUCAACGAAGUGAACGGUGGCAAAUUAGACGAAGAUGAUACUGGUAAAUUAAAAGGCAGGCAGACCAGCCAAGCCUCGGUGCAUCAAAACGACCUUCCGAGUGAGCACUUACAGAGGAUUUGCAGCCAAAACAGAACCGCUACUGGAGCCCCCUCUCAGGGGGACACGGAAUGGGGACUCGGUGCUGGCAAGACUGGUGGUGCCCUCAAUGGCAUUGGUCCUACUCCGCAGCCCACUGGGGACCCGGGUCCCCACCAAGAUGACAAGGGCUCCUGGGCCAGUACAGAAAACAGUGUUCACCCCACUGAGGCCUUCCUUGAAGCAGGGAAUGCCAGGGAACAGGACUGUGAACAACCAUUCUCGGAAGAGGGCCAGGUCAUCCUGAACGGAGACUCCAGAGCUCCCACCACAGUCUUGGAAGCACAAGACCAUGUCCUCCAGAUACCCCCCCCGGAUUACCCUCAACCUUGGGGCCCAACUGUAGACAACAUGGGUCAUGGACUCGUGGAGGGAAUUCACCUGGAGAAGGGAGACCACUACCUGGAUUUGCCCUUCUCCCUGAAGAGAAGCUGGGAUUCCUUAAACGAAGCUGUGGCCACAGACCUUCUCAGUAUCUACUUUAAAGAAGAGGCUCCCACUCAUGUCACGCCUGUGGUUGAUUCGAGAAAUGGGUGGGGGGAUACCCAUAGCCCCCCUGGUGACAGUUGUGGGGAGGUGGCAGAUGAGGACGCGGCAGUGGCUGAAGCCCUUGCAGCUUUAGAAGCAGCUACGGCAGGAGAAGAUGUGGAUGAGGCAGAUUGGGGAGAGUCUGGGGGGCACAUAAAUGAGCGGCUCUCUACGUGUGAGGGGGUACUUUUGUUCCGUAGAGGCAGUGAAGAGUUGCCGCAGGCUGUGCCGGUGCAACCUUGCCAAUAGUUUACAUCCAGCAUCCUUUUCUCGCUGUCUGUGCCGUAAGCCAUACUGAAUACUGAGCGCGUCACUGUGUGGCUGGCUCUUCUGGAUGCUGAAUUUAAAUCAGUGGAUCAUCAGGCCCCUUGUCCUACAGGGUGUCUACUUGUCAACCCACAAAGCCUCCCCCGCCCCCUUUUUUCCCAUCUGCUAUGGAUAUUUCAAGAAGGCUCUGAAAUCCCAGCAUUGAAUCCCAAGGGCACAGACUCAACAUUCUGUUCGACUGUAAAUUUCUUAUCUUGGUUUUGAGAGCCAAAUGUCCUGCCCCACCUGGUACAGUUACCUAUUCCUACUUUAAAGUGCCUGAUGUGUCCCCAGAGCAUGGCUUCCCUUCAGGGACAAGCACCCAGGGAACUAAUAACUAACCACUUGUUUGACAGCGAGUUCGAGUCAGCUUUCAGGAAGGAGCCGAAACUGCCAGUCAACAAAUGGUUAGUCAUUAGCUGCAUUAUUAAGACACCUUGACCUUAACUUUUUUACAUUACUUUUUAAUCUGCUUUAGGACCCGGGAGGCCAGUCAAAAUAACUCUUAAAACUGAUCGGGGUUUUACAGUCAUGAGAUUUGAAACAGCUAAAGAAUAUGUGGAGUAUUUUUUUCCAUUUACUAUCUAUCUGAUUCUGAUUAAAAUAUAACA